AACAUGGCUUCCUCAAUCUUACUCUUUCUUUUCCUACAAUUCUUCUCUCUGCACACUUCACAUUCUGCAUUUUCAUCACUCACCACGGACUCAUCCCUCUCGGUAGAGAAACCCGACGACGUUAUUCUCUCCCCAAACGGCGUUUUCUCCGCCGGCUUCGUUGCCGUCGGUGAAAACGCCUACUCUUUCGCCGUAUGCUUCACACAAACCGGUUCCCACAACCACCCCACAAUCGUGUGGAUGGCGAACCGGGAGAACCCCGUCAACGGAAAACGUUCCAAACUCUCUCUCUCAGGAGCCGGUAACCUUGUCUUGGAUGAUGCUGCUCAACGAACGGUGUGGUCUUCGAACACUGCUUCGUUGGCUUCACCACUGUUGCAUCUCAGAGACGAUGGCAAUCUCGUGUUGCGUGACCUCCAAGGAACCGUUCUGUGGCAAAGCUUUGAUUUUCCCACCGAUACUCUUCUUCCGGGACAACCCCUCACCAGACGCACGCAACUCGUGUCUGCAAGAAGCGACACUAACCAUUCCUCCGGUUUCUACAAGCUCUUCUUCGACGAUGACAACGUUCUUCGUCUUCUCUUCGAUGGCCCUGAUGUUUCCAGCGUUUACUGGCCAUAUCCAUGGUUGGUGAGUUGGGACGCUGGAAGGUCUACUUACAAUAGCAGUAGAUCGGCAGUAAUGGACUCACUCGGAAGAUUCAUUUCAACUGAUAGUUUUACUUUUAUUACAUCUGAUUAUGGCGCUAUGAAGCAAAGAAGAUUGAAACUUGAUUCUGAUGGUAACCUUAGAGUGUAUACACUGCAUGAUGGAUGGUUUGUUUCGUGGCAAGCGAGAGGUGACCCUUGCAAUAUCCACGGGAUUUGUGGACCUAACAGUGCGUGCAGUAAUGAUCAUGAGCAUGGAAGGAAGUGCUCGUGUCUUCCGGGACAUAGAAUCAAGAACCAUAGCGAUUGGUCUUAUGGCUGUGAACCUGUGUUCGUUUUGUCUUGCAACAGAAGUGAGUCUGCCUUCUUGGAGUUGCUGGGUGUUGAGAUUUAUGGUUAUGAUGCUAACUUUUCUGAAGGUAAUAGUUAUAGUCACUGUGAGAAUCUGUGCUUAGAAGACUGUAACUGUAAGGGGUUUCAGUACUCAUACAAUGACGCCAAGAACUAUUACAAUUGUUACAUCAAGAUGCAAUUGCUUAACGGGCGCCGAUCACCGAGUUUCAGAGGAACAGUAUACUUGAAAGUGCCUAAAAAUCAUAGCCUUUUCAGGGAAGAAUCGUUUCGUUCAAAUGAGCAUGUUUGUGUUGUUCAAAUUCCCAGGGUGUAUGACAAAUAUCAUGUAAAAAAGAUUGUGAGGUUUUUUCUUUGGGUGGCCAUUGUAAUUGGUGCUAUUGAAUCGGUUUGCGUUUUUGUCGUGUGGGUUUUCAUAGUUAAGACGCGCCGAAAGUCUCAUGCAGAUGAACACGAUUACCAUCCUCUGACCGAUAGAUUCAGAAAAUAUAGUUAUUCAGAGUUGAAAAAGGCGACAAAGGGGUUCAGUGAAGAGAUCGGAAGGGGUGCGGGAGGGGUUGUGUACAAAGGUAUUUUAUCAGAUGAAAGACAUGCAGCAAUUAAGAGACUGAAUGAAGCUGAACAAGGAGAAGGAGAAUUCCUUGCUGAAGUGAGCAUCAUUGGAAGGCUUAACCACAUGAACUUGAUUCAAAUGUGGGGAUAUUGUGCUGAGGGAAAGCAUAGAUUGUUGGUGUAUGAAUAUAUGGAGAAUGGUUCUUUGGCACAAAAUCUGUCAUCCAACACUCUUGAUUGGAGUAAGAGAUAUAACAUUGCCCUUGGAACUGCAAGAGUUCUGGCAUAUCUUCAUGAAGAAUGCUUGGAGUGGAUUUUGCACUGUGAUAUAAAGCCACAGAACAUACUUCUUGACGCUAAUUAUCAACCCAAGGUAGCAGAUUUUGGCCUGUCGAAGCUACAAAACAGGAACAACGUGAACAAUUCAAGUUUUUCAAUGAUAAGAGGAACAAGAGGGUACAUGGCACCUGAGUGGGUUCUGAACUUAGCAAUCACCUCGAAGGUUGAUGUUUACAGCUAUGGAAUUGUUCUAUUGGAGAUGAUAACUGGGAAGAGCCCAACAACGGGUGUUCAAAACAUUGAUGGAGAAGAGUCGUACAAUGGAAGGGUGGUGGCAUGGGUGAGAGAAAAAAAGCGUGGAAUAUCUUGGCUAGAGCAUAUCAUUGAUCCUGCAAUCCAAACAAACUAUGAUGAAUCUAAGAUGGAGGUUUUAGUCAAAGUGGCUUUGGACUGUGUUGAGGAAGACAAAGAUAUAAGGCCAACCAUGAGCCAAGUCGUGGAAAUGCUUCAAAGUGUUCCUCAGUAGCGUUACUACGUUUCUUUCUAUCUCUGUAGCAGUUCUUGUUUUUUUAUCUUUCAUGCUUGUCUGGCCAAGCUCACUACUGUUUGU